AUGGCUCUGUCCAUUGUUGGAGGGAGUUGGAUUGAUAACACGGGGCGAGUUGGCGGAUUCGGUGCAUAUCGUCAGUGGAAGAGCUAAGCAGGACACAAGCCCUCGCGUCCUCAACGCAUCCUGGCAGACAUGGGUUGCUAUGAGUGCUGUAUGCGUUGCCUGGGUGGGAUACCAUACUGCUCUCUGGUCGCCACACUGCUGUGCUUCUCUGGCAUCGCCCUCUUCUGUGGAUGUGGACAUCAGGCACUCACCGAGACCGAAAGGCUCAUCGAGACUUACUUUGCCCGUAACCUGCAGGAUUACAUCACCCUUGCUUACAUCAUUCAGUAUUUCCAGUACGUCAUCUACGGCUUGGCCUCUUUUUUCUUCCUCUACUGCAUCAUGCUGCUGGCAGAAGGCUUUUACACCACCAGCGUUGCCAAGCAAACCUUUGGGGAGUUCCGGAGCACCAUGUGUGGCCGCUGCCUCAGCUCCACGUUUAUAGUGAUGACAUACGUGCUGUCUCUGCUGUGGCUGUUGGUGUUCGCCUUGUCGACUCUGCCCGUCUACUUCUUCUACAACAUGGGUGCCACCUGCCACACCAUCGACGUCUUGACCGAGACCCCGGCGAGCAUCAACCAGCUGUGUGUGGAUGCACGGCAAUAUGGGCUCCUGCCGUGGAACGCAGUGCCAGGAAAAGCUUGUGGAAUAACUCUGUCUACAGUUUGCAAGACCAGGGAGUACCGAAUGACCUACGACCUCUACAUCGCUGCCUUCGUCGGCGCGGGCAUCACGCUCAUGGCUCUGCUGACCUAUACCAUGUCAACCACCUAUAACUUUGCGGUGUUGCGCUAUCUGGGGAGGAAGGGCAUAGGUGCACGGUGUUAGGCUCGCCAGCUUCCUGUCUGCACACAACAAGGCUGAAUUAAAGGGACUGCAACCAUUUUCUUCCUUCCCAUCACUUGUCAGUGUAACAACUUUUCGGGGUCUUCAGGGCCACAGACUUUCAAAUGUUUUUUGUUAUUUCUUUACAUCUUGCAUUGUUGUUUUACUUUUUUUAUGAGGGCUGAGGGUUGCGAUACAUUUUACUCUUAUGUCACACCACUAAGCCUGUGAUUUCGAGGAUGAGGGCUUUUUACUUGGUUAACGGUUAGUGUCUAGAUACAAUUAAUGAAAGAUUAUACUUUCCACUAUACUCAAAAAUAGCUCAAAAAGCAGUAAUUAAUUAACAUGAACUCAAUAACAGCCAAUUUGCAAGCACAUGCAGCGGACAAUGGGGAUUAUGCGGUAACCUUGGCUGUCGUUCCUCACAUCUGGUUGUCAUGGUGACAGACAAGCACGCAUUUGCAGUCUCGCAGCUAACCUCUGGGACUUUUCUCACGAGCUGGCGAGCAGCCUCAACAAUAGAGUUGGGUCUUUUUGGAAAAAGUGGCCAAUGAGAAGUUAGUUUGGGGGCCAGCUGCAAGACAAGUCUCCACCAGAGGUUAUGUGUCAAGGGGAAAGGGUCCUGUAGACAAAGAGAGGUCGUGACCUUUCUACAGCGUCCAUGGGGCUCCUCUGGGACAGCAACCAUGACCUCCACUUCUUGUUGAAUAAUAGAAAUGAUGGAUUGUGAGUGAGUUGGCUAAAGGAAUUGUAGAUAAUUUGGCUAUUUCUUCCUCACAACAAAAGGACUUUCUUGUUAAGUUUGAACGAGUACGAUCUGAAUUUGUUUCUCAUACUUGUGAGAUGACUAAAGUGUUAAAUUGCCAAGUAACCUCACUGGACAAAAAUCACUUCUGAAAUGACUCAGCUUUAAAACCACAGUACAGCACACUUACUGUACCUGCCAUUCUUAUAGGAUGAACACUAAUAAUAUCGAGAAACAUUUGCAAGAGCUCUUAUGAAUUCCACCUUAACACGUAUAGCGUGCUUGUCGCACUUUGAGGUUUUACUGAAUGAAAAUCGAGUUAUAAAUCAACUGUAUUAUUAUUAUUAUUACUACUCUAUUUUGAUUGCCACUGUGAAAUGUAUUUUGGCAGUUGGACUCCACUGCAUCAUACUGAGUGGUCAUCUAAUGGAGCUAAACAAGUAUAGUAACAACAUACAGUAUUAGAGAACACCUCUUAUUAUAAGACAUGCAUUUCUCCACAAUUGCAAACUAUAACUACAACCUGUUCGAUAGCGUCAAUCAAAGCUAAGCAUUAGUAUAUUUUCUAAGUCAGAGUGAGUGUUAUAGCUCUUGCACUAGAUGAAUUGGGACACCAUGGACAUUGCUGUUCUUGUAUAGAGAUAUUAAUGACUCAUUUUAUUACAUGACUGAGGUACUUUGAAUUUGCAUUAUGGCUCGCAUUCUCAAGGAAUUUUGUUGUAGUUCUUGUAUAACAUCUUUUGACUUACUGAGACAGUAUUAACUUUUAGGCUUCUUUUUUUUUAACUAGCAACAUAGUUUUAUUUUUGGUGAAAGCUUUAUCUGGCUGCAAGUAGAGCAUUCGUUAAGUGGCAGCUGGCUGUUUGAUUAUACUGUAUGCUUUUCUGUUGUUGGUAUUUGAUAAUAAAAGGAACAUUUUA